CAAGUCUCUUAUAUAACACUUAUAUAUAUAUAUACUUUUAUACACACCAUACUUGUACUUUACGUUACAUCUGUUCUUUCUCUAUUCUCUAUAGCAAAUUUUAUCAAUACUUAUGAACUCAACAGUGUCACCGUACUAUCACCACCCUUACGGUGGCUAUCGCUUUGAUAGCUGCCCUCGUUUUUAUCCACCAACAGCUCCUCUUGACGAAAUCUUUGAUGAUGAUGAUCAAAUUCCUACUGUUCAAGAAUUUAGUGCCAUUGUUGACGAUUACCUCAAUAAUCUCAGUCCUAAAAAAAGAGACAAGGCUCUGGUCGAUCAACAUCGUUACUCACAGAUUCAGCAAGUGUUGAGAGAUCCUAGAAACACUGCUAUUUCAACUGCCCAGUUCCGCUUUUGGGUGAAAAAGAUGUUUCAACUUCAAUCAGGUUCAUCUGAUGUAGUUUGUCAUGACAACAAGCCUGUGGCUACUAAAGAGCAAAUUUAUGACAUUCUUGUGAAAGCACAUCGUGAGGCACAUCACGGUGGGCGUGAUAAAACUUCGGCUUUGGUACGCAAAAGGUAUUCUUGGAUUCCAAAGGAGCUUGUCGCUCGAUUCGUUCGGCAUUGUCCAUUUUGUAUUACACGUCGU